UUUCAGCGUGGUGGAGGUGGUUUUCAGGGGCCGGUGUGGGAUUUCGGCGUGGUGGAGGUGGUUUUCGAGGGUCGGGGUGAGAUUUCGGCGAGUUGGAGGUGGUUUUCGAGGGUCAAUAGCCGGAUUCCGUCAAAAGGUCCCAUCUUAUAAAUUUUUUUUGAAAUAAGGUCCCAAUUUGCCACUUAUUUUAUAUAAGGUUCUUUCUCGCAAACAAGUUACUAUAAACAGUCCUUUCUCGCAAAUUUUAUUAAUAAUAACGACACAAAAAUCAAUUCCAAAAUAUCAACAACAUCCAUAAACUCGUCGACACAUUUCCACAAACGUGGGCGAGCAACAAUCUCCGCCCUCAGAACAAAAAUGGGGGCAAUCACAACGGCGAUCAUUGCAGUGGUAGGGCUAGCAUUAGGUUGGAUUGCAGUCGAGAUGGCCUGCAAGCCUUGCCUCGAGAAAGGCCGCGAAGCCAUUGACCGUAACCUCAACCCCGAUUACGACCCCGAUGACGACGACGUCAACAACAACAUCCGCGCUCCUCUCAACCCCGACGCUGAUUCUUCCGCCUCAACACCUUCUAAGCCCGUCUGAUUUCGAUCUGCUAUCUUCCUCAAUUUAUUUUGUCAGAUCUUAAUGAAAUCGAAUCUUCUGUUUCUUAUUAAUUUUCCUUUUUUUGGUUUGGAUCAUGGAAUUGGGCUGUUUUUGCGUGAUUUUGUUCGUUGUGCAAGGUUUUUUGUAAUGUAAAAAUUCUUAAUUUAUAGUGUCAACGAUUUUUCUAUGUCAAAAUAUGAAUUACAGUAUGUUAUUAUUGUGCUCUGUGUUUUUAUUUUUUUGUACUGUAUUUGUUUAUGGUUACUCCAUUGAUUGUACUACGUAUAAUUUCUUUCUGUUGUC